AUUACUUCAGCGAUUAACCAAGUCAAUGGCGCCAGGUGGACCUGAAAUUGUAGACCAAGAGCCUAAAGAAGAUGAAAGCUCAAGUGAUAUUCAAGUUAAUCGAUCCCAAUCUCAUUCAAGUUCACGUCCGCAAUUGAUAUUAUCUUCAACUGGAAUGGAAUCUGUACGAUUUGAAGAAUUAGAGUUACAAAUUGGAGAACCUUAUUGGAUGCUACAUCAAGGUAAUUGUGAACAUAUCUUUACAGUAGAUGACAUAAGAGCUGUACAUCCAACAGAUCCAAAUUUACCAAAAGUUCCUAAUGGAAAUAUCUUACCUACCAUCAUCGAAGGAUGUUAUCCAAUCACUACCUUUCUAUCCCGAUUAACUUCACCCAAGUGUAGAGUAUGUGAUCGAGAUCCAGCAAAACUGGUGAUCAUGAAUGAUGAAUUAGUAGAUGAAUCACCUUGUUUUGUUUGUGAAAGAUGUUUUGAAUUGUUACAUGGUCAUGAAACUGGAUUUAGGAUUGGGAAAGUGGCAGGUAGAGAAUGGUGGGUUGUACCUUUGUUAGGAUCUUGAUUAUGUUUUUGAAAGGUUGGGAGGCGUUUGGGGUUGGU